AUGGCCCCCUCGCUGCUGCAGCGCGUGUGCAGCGUGCUGCUGCUGCUGGCGGUCGGCGCGCAGGCGCUCAAGUUCGACAUCCAGGCCGGUACAGGCCACGACAAGCACUCGCGGCGCUGCGUGCGCAACUUUGUGUCGCGGGACAUGCUGGUUGUUGUCACGGCCAUUUCGGACGGGUACCGGGGCGAUGGCAUGUCGUUGAAUAUGCAUAUCUCCGACACGACAGGAAACGAGUACGGCAAGCCCAAGGACAUUGCCGGCGAGCAGCGCACCGUGUUUACCUCGCACGCCGACGCCCCGUUUGACGUGUGCUUUGAGAACGUCCUGACCGGCGCCCGCUACGUCGAACACCCCUUCCGGCACAUCGAGCUCGACAUCGACAUCGGCGCGGACGCCAAGGACUGGUCGGCGAUCCAAGCCACCGAGAAACUCAAGCCGCUCGAGACGGAACUCCGCCGCAUCGAGGAGAUGGUCGCCGAGGUCGUCGGCGAGAUGGAGUACCUGCGGGCCCGCGAGCAGACCCUGCGCGACACCAACGAGAGCACUAACACCCGCGUCAAGUGGUUUGGUUUCGGCACGACUUUCUUGCUGAUUGCGCUGUGGGCGUGGCAGAUUAUGUACCUGCGUGCGUACUUUAGGUCGAAGCAUCUUAUUUAA